GAAUUGGUCGCGAUAGGCAAACAGAACCACUACCCAACAGAACUGGUCAGGCGUCUGGAGUCGCUCCUGGAAACAGCCCAGGAAUGUGCCUCAGUUAUCACUUUCCUCACCUUCCAUCCCGAAGACAAAGACUAUGUUCUCGAGGAAGAGGGUGAAGGGGACGGCAAAGCAGAAGACCAGACUGAGGACACACUGCCAGUUCGGGUGAAGCAAGAGGAGGAUGACACGGCGACAGGAUCUGACGUUGAUCGUUCUAAAGCCGCUCAAAGUUCAUCCAAGAGCCCACAUGCUAUCACGAAAAAGUUGCGUGCAGCUUCCAAACGACAAUCAACCGAGUCGCAGAGCCCUAUGAAAACUCGAAUUCAGAUCAAGAAGGAGGAGAAGCAAGAGCAAGAGCAAGAAUCGGAUAAAGAAGAUGAACAGUUGGAUACCUCAGCAGGCGACAAAAAGGCGCUCUCGGGGCCUUCAGUUUCGAAGCUUAGUCUGUCUGAAUUCGCCCGCUUCGUCUCGAUGGUUUCUAACCUACCCUGCGUGAUUCCGGAGGCGAGGCCCCUGGAGCGCUUUGCGGAUUACGUCGCCAAGUGGCGUACAAAAGCGCGUAAUAUUCUCGACUUGGCCAAUCGCAGUCACCCCUUUGACCUUGAAUCGGCUGAUUUACUUGGCGUCAAUAACGAUUUGAAGGUGAAAGCAACUCCAGAUGCAGACCCCUCGAUCCCCACUGUUGCCACAAUUAGUCAGAUGAUGCAAUUUGCAAGGACCGUCAGUAUUGACCUGCCGGAGACGAAACGGCUCGAUCGGAGUUUUCUCUUCUGUAAGAAUGCCUGCGACAUCGCAGUCGCCUACAGGAGGUGGUGUAGUAUGUGA